AUGAGUAAGGUGUCAUCACCAUCGAUCUUGGUUGAUAUUUUGACACCUUCAUUGUCAUUUCCCUCGAAUCUAUCACCUGAUGAGGUUAUUAGUGGAACAUGUGCAUCGUUGGGUAUCCCCGUCGAACAACUCGAGUUUCUCACCAUAGGUGAUUCUCAUCUAUGUUGUUUGAUCAAGAAUUCAAAAUUCUCAUUAGACUUUAUUGAAGCGUUGUAUCAAGAGAAUACAUUGUUACAGUACAAACUAGACAAGAGCAAUGAAGCAGUAGAGACAUUGCAAGAGACAUUUGUACAGACAUCUCAACAACUACAAGAAAAGCAGAGUGUCAUACAUCAACAGAUACAAAGUAUCACAAUGCUGCAACAGAUUGAGCGCCAACUCACUGAAGAGUCGAAUCAAUGGAAGAACAAGUAUGAAGAGGAAUUGUAUAAACGAAAAAAGAAUGAAAAGAGAAUCGAGCGCAUGAGAAUGCCUAAAACUAAUGGUGCUACCACCACUACUACUACUGGUGCUGCAUCAUCGGCAUCGGGUGCUGCUGGAAAGAGUAUGCCAUUCUCAUCACCUGCUACAUCUGCUUCAGUUGUAUCAUCUUCCUCGUCGGCAUCAUCGACUCCAACUGUUUCUACAAAUAAUAACAACAACAAUAUUACAUCUCCUUCAACCACAACCACUACUUUGACAAAUAGUACUAUAACCAUUCCAACUUUGGCUAUUCCAACAACAACAACAACAACAACAACUGCAUCAGCACCAGUACCAGUACCAGUACCAGCAUCUGUCUCUAAUUCCAAUAUGAAUGUGUCGGCUACUACCAACAACGCGACAACCAACUCGACACCCCAAAGACCAACAUCACCAAAUCAAUUCAUAUCACCAUACUUGGAACGUGAGAUUGAAAGAAGUAAGAUAAGAGACUUGGAAUACCAAAAAGAAAGACAACAAAUUGUAGAUAAAAAUCAUCACCAACAACACCAACAACAACACCAUAAAAUCAAUUCAACCUUUUUCCCAAUAUCACCUCCAUCAUCAUCAUCAUCAACCUCCAACUCUGCUUCAACAGCUGGUCCAACCAAAAUUUCACAAUCUCAUAGCAACAAUAAUUUAUCAGGGAUUCUUGCUGGUGCAGCCACUUCAACAUCUUUACCAAAUACUACUAACAACAACAAUAACUCAACAUCGACAACACAUACGAGAAUAACCAAUACACCAUCUUAUGAAGAUGUCAGAAAGAGACAAUCAUCAUCAUCUCAACAUGUUUAUACUCAACCUUUAAUAACGCCAUUAUCAUCACCAAGUCGAUUAAAUGUACCAAAGAAAAAUAACAACAAUAAUAUUUCAUCACCCUCACCUUCUACUAAUAAUAAUAAUAAUAAUAGCAACAAUACGCCAUCAAAGAUACUACGUAGUGAUGAUGAAUCUUUAGAUGUUGGUGUAAUGUCGCCAAUGUAA